UGAGCCCGAGAUCCAGACGGAGGCGACGGCCGAGCGCCAGGAUGAAGGCAUCCGUUCCGUGCACACCGGGAAGCAAGCGAAGGCGGCCUGUGUUCGGCUCUUACCAGUCAAAAGGAAAAGGAGAAACCACGAAAAUGCACGAUGGAUGCUUUCGGGCGUCCCCUUUGUAACGAGAGGGGUAGUGCACAAGGGAGGCUUGCGGCUGGCAACGGUCAGGGAAUCCUGGUCUUUGAGGCUACGGACGACGACUCCUCGGGCCCCCUUCUCCUGGAGCGAGGCAACGCGAUGCUUCUGCACUUACCCCCUGAAAGUGUUCCUGCCACGCGAUGUUGGCCGCCCGUGCUGCCGCUGGAUCUACCCGGCUGUGUUCGGCGGAGGCCUGGUGAGCGGCGACGUCAUCGACAUCGAAAUCACGCUGGGAGCCAAGACUUGCGUCCUGCUCACCUCGCAGUCCUUCCCCAAGGUGUACGUGGCCGAGCCGGGUCGGGUGGCAGAGCAGCGCUGCCGCUUCUCGCUCUCCGACGGCGCUCUGCUGUGCGUGCUGCCAGACCUGCUGACCUGCUUUCGUGAUGCCUCGUACCGCCAGGAGCAGGCCGUGCGCAUGGCGGGUUCGGCCAGCCUCGUGCUGCUCGACUGGUUUCUGGCCGGACGCGUGGCCAACGGCGAGCGCUGGGACUUCACCAGGCUGACGUCCGUGGUCGAGGUGUACUUGGAAGAGCAGAUGGUCCUUCGCGAGGCCUUGGACAUGGCAGACGUGCCGGGCCUGCGGCUCAGGGCGUCCAUGGGCGAGUACAACGUCGUGGGCACCUGCAUCGUGGUCGGUCCCCACCUGACCGACCUGUCCAGCUCGCUGUGUGCCCGGCUGAGCGUGCGUGAGGACUACGGGGUAUCGCCGGCGCGCGAAGUGGUCUUCGCUUGCAGCCCCUUCAGCUCGAGCUGCCAGAGGGUCCAGGGUUGCGUACUGCGCUUCGGGACGUACACCUCUUUCCAGGCCUACUCCAAGCUGGAGGAGUUGCUGCAGCCACUUUUUGCCGUCCUGGGCGGGAAUCCAUUCCACCUGAAGUACUGACUGAGGAGGGACACGAACUUCGUGUGGUUUCUAUUCCCGUGUGCGCCUCCACGCACCUUGCUCGCGGUUUUUGGAGAUUGUAAUGAGCGACAUUGUAACUUAAUGCGCGUUUCGGGGAUUAGAUCAUCGUCAUAUUUUCGUCAAUAACAGCCAUGUGUUUUACUCGUGCAAACCCGAUGCAACAUCUUCGUGCAUAGUAUAACCAGCUCCGUCAUCAUUGCGCUAAGCGCUCGUGGCUGAAAGCAAAGGAAUGAGUUGUUUACAGUGUCAGAUGAAGAAAAAAUAUCAGCAGUGUUUUUCGUGAAGCGGAAAUAAACUGGAGUAUUUCCUAUUAUCCCA